AUGGACGCUUUGGAAGGCCUUUCAGGCGACGAGGACGACUCAAGCAGCGCUGGCGGCAGCGGCUCCGACGCAGGGAGCGACGAAGAGGGCGGCGGCAGCGGGAAAAAACAAAAAGGGGCCGAUGGCAGCGCGGUACCGGCCAAGAAGAAACAGGAGCUUACGCUGGACGAUUUGGAAGCUGCCGGGUUCACGACAGGCCCCUCUGUGCUUUUCAUUAAGCCGCCGGCGGAGGAGCAGCAGAACUGGAACUGGUCUGACGGCAAGGCGUCGAAGGCAGAGGAGGCGGAGGACACCCUUGAGGAGCGGCGUCGCACCCACGAGGCUGCGACGACGGGCGCUGAGGAGGGCGCGGGGAUCGCGAUGCGCGGCGUGGCGCACUCGGCGGCGCUGCGACAGGCGGCCCUGGAGGAGCGGCAGCGGCUGGCAGCGGAGAAGAAGCUCAGCUGGAACCAAAAGGCGAGUGGCCCGGGCAGCAGCGAGCUGACAUUCGCGUCCAGGCGCAGGGAGAAGCGCAAGAGGGACGCAGGCCAGGCCUCACGGGGCAAGAGCUAUGUGGAAGAGGAGAAGAGGCUGCAGAGACAAAUGGGGAUGUACACCGGGUUUGACUGA